CGCUUGACAACAGCAACAGCAGCGGCGGGUGCCUUCAGUUCACAGCUAUUGCAGUAUCCUCGUCGUGUUGACUACGACUUCCUUUGCUAAAGGGCGAACCUGUUGGGACUCUUUCGUUUGACAUAAAAAAGAUUAUUUACAACGACACCAGAGGUGAUUCUGCAUUCCUCCAGAAGAUUCAAACCAGCAUGGGCUUCAGCUUGGUUUCAAGCGCUGCAUGGACAUUUGGGGGACGCCCAAGUCAACUGUGUAGCAAAUUCUGAAAUUGAUAGUUAUUCUACCUUUUCACUUCGUCUGGUUGUCUUGAGAAACUUUUGGUAAUGGCGUCCAUAAGGGCUACGAAAAUGUCUUUCAAGAACAUCCACCGAAGUAUGGCUGGGCAUCUUAGGCCUUCCAACUCUGCAGUGCAGUGUCUUCCUUUACAUAACAACAAAACUGUAUCUACGUACAUGUACAUUGGGACCUUAGCCUCCAAUGCACGACAAAUAAACCACGGCUCGAUCCAAGCUGUCUACACAUUUUGUGAUUACCAGAAGAUCUCACAUUGUCAACAGUUGUCAUGGAGACAUCUUGCUACAUCUUCUGCUGCUCAUCAGACCGCAAGAGAAGUGCCUCUUACCUCCACAUCACAUCCGACACUUGAACGCGGUCCUUUCUCAAGAGUUACUGAUGAUAAUGUCGCAUUCUUUCAGGAACUUCUACCACAGAGAGUAAUCACGGAUGAAGAUGACCUCAUCUCAUCUAAUACUGAUUGGCUCGGGUCAUUAAGAGGUGCAAGUCAAGUUCUACUAAGACCAAAGACUACUGCUGAAGUCUCUAAGAUCAUGGCAUAUUGUCACGCUCAUAACCUGGCUGUAGUUCCUCAGGGAGGCAACACGGGUCUAGUAGGAGGAAGCGUACCUGUCUUCGACGAGGUCAUAUUGUCAACAUCUCUCAUGAAUAACAUUGUAGAGUUUGAUGAACUGUCAGGUGUUCUAGUGUGUCAGGCAGGUUGUAUCCUGGAGAAACUUGAUAAUUAUCUAGCAGAGUACGGCUACACAAUGCCACUUGAUCUUGGAGCUAAAGGAAGUUGUCACAUUGGAGGCAAUGUGUCUACCAACGCAGGAGGAAUCAGAUUACUGCGUUAUGGCAGCCUACGGGGAACAGUACUAGGGAUUGAAGCAGUACUUGCAGAUGGACGUGUCAUUGAUUGUCUUUCUUCACUACGUAAGGACAACACUGGUUAUGAUCUCAAGCAGAUGUUUAUUGGUUCUGAAGGAACACUUGGAGUUGUGACUGGAGUGUCUAUUCUGUGUCCUCCUCGGCCUCAGUCUGUAAAUGUUGCAUUCUUUGGUUGUGACAGUUUUUCUAAAGUCCUUGCUACAUAUAAGGAAAGCAAGUCCCAUUUGGUUGAGAUCUUGUCUGCAUUUGAGAUCAUGGAUCAAGAAGCUCUCAUGUAUGUCACCAAGUAUCUGGAGCUUAGAAACCCACUCAGCAAGGAGUACCCAUUCUACAUUCUAGUGGAGACUUCAGGGUCAGACGGAAAUCACGACGAGGAGAAACUGAAUCGAUUCCUUGAACACAUCAUGGCAACGGAACUGGUGUUGGAUGGAACGGUUGCUACAGAUUCAGCAAAAAUUCAGAUGAUAUGGGCCUUGCGAGAGAGAGUCAAUGAGUCCAUUCAACGCACCAAAGUACAAUACAAGUAUGACCUGAGUAUCCCUCACCGUGUCUAUUAUGAUAUUGUUCCUGAGAUCCGUGAGCAUCUUCGCACCCACCACUCCCAUUUACCAGUCUGUGAUGUCGUUGGCUAUGGCCAUGUCGGCGACGGCAAUAUCCACAUCAAUGUAGUUGUCGAGGAAUUCUCUGAGGAAAUCAAACAGGCACUAGAGCCUUUCAUCUUUGAGAAGACGUCCAAUCUAAAGGGAAGUGUUAGUUCGGAACAUGGACUGGGUUUUAAUAAGAGGAACUAUAUCGGGUACACUAAGACAAAUGAGGCUGUGCUGGUUAUGCAACAGAUGAAGCGAUUGUUUGACCCCAAAGGAAUCUUGAAUCCUUACAAGACAAUUCCAUCCGUCCCAGGUGUAACAACGUCAUAGUUCGUUGACAAUGUGAGUUAUGCGGUCAGUGACCUAUAUAGGUCAUGUCAAAAAGGGAACUUACAACUCAUUGUCUUAAGUGAUGUCUAUGUUAUGAAGGCAUUCUUACUAUCAUUGAGCUUUUGUCUGUGAAUUGAAAGCAGCAAUAUGAUUACUAAAAAUGAAAGAGAAUGUGUGAGUAAACAACAUGACUUGGUCUAAUGAAGAGCAAUCAUAUUCAUGACAGUAAUACAAACCGUGAAAGUAUAUAUUUUCAUUUUGAUCAAUUUAAAACACCUCAUAAAAAACUUUACUAGUCAAAAACAAUCAAAAUGAAUCAAGCAUAUGAUUCUUUCAAUGUACAAUGAGGUCAUAUUUUGAUUCUAAUCCGUGUGAAUCUAUGGUCGUUUGUCUAAAACUGUUGAGCAUUCUUUGAAAGUUAAUACUACCUUCAAUAGUUCUUGUGCACAAUCGCCACUUGGCAUGUGACAAAGAAGUGCUUUAAACUAAUUGCACAUACAACUUGCUGGACACCACAUCCAAUAAAGAAUCAUACCUAUCGAGGCUACAUAGAAAGUAUUGAAAAAGUAUGUUUAUGACGUUUGUCCAAUUGAAAACUGUCCAAAAAUACAAUUUUUUUAUGUGCAAAGUAAAUGUAAUGUACAAAAAUGUAUCAUAAAAUUAUAUGAGAUUUUUAAAAUAGCAAUAUGAAGAAAUUAUUAUGCUCUGAAGGGCGAGUUGGAUUUUUCAGAGAAAUUUGUACACUAUUUUUUUUUUUUUGGAGAAUCAGGCCUAGGUAGUAAUAAACAGGAACAAAGCAAACAGAU